AUGCCGAUGCAUCCAGUUACCUCCACUUUGAUGUAUCGGGGGAUCUGCACCAUCCCGGACAUCCUCUCCUACAGCGCUCCCGUCAACCUGCCUGAAGACGAGGUGGAAGAGAUCCGCGAGGCCUUCAAGGUGUUCGACCGGGACGGGAAUGGCUUCAUCUCCAAGCAGGAGCUGGGCAUGGCCAUGCGCUCGCUGGGCUACAUGCCCAACGAGGUGGAGCUUGAGGUCAUCAUCCAGAGGCUGGAUAUGGACGGAGACGGACAAGUUGACUUUGAAGAGUUUGUGACCCUCCUGGGACCCAAGCUGACAGCGGGAGGGCUGCCAGAUAAGUUCAACGGCACCGACUUUGAUUCGGUCUUCUGGAAGUGUGACAUGCAGAAGCUGACCGUGGAGGAGCUGAAGAGACUGCUGUACGACACGUUCUGCGACCACCUGACCAUGAAGGACAUCGAGAACAUCAUCAUGACGGAGGAGAACCACAUUCAGAACCCCGAGGACUGCCUGGUGGACAUCGACACCUGCUCCAGCCCGACGGUGAAGCAGACCUGCGUUCGGAAGAGUCUGAUCUGCGCCUUCGCAAUCGCCUUCAUCAUCAGCGUCAUGCUGAUCGCAGCCAAUCAGGUGCUCCGGAGCGGCAUGAAGUAG